CCAACGCUGCAGCGAGAGGGAGAGAGAGGGAGAGAGAGAGAGCCACUCCAAUGGCGACUCUCUUGAAAUGCUACAAGCCCUUAAUUCCACCGAUACACCGCCAAACCUUCAAAGCGAAAUUGCUUUCCUCCAGAGCCAAUUUUCGAUUCUGCACUCUAUCUUCAAUCAACUGCAGUAAUAACUCUCUCCCUCUGACGAGUAAUCGGGAGAGAAGUACCACAGUUAAUGAUGAUAAUGAUAGUCUCAUACCGAUGAAGAAAAAGGAGUUGUGGCUGUACAAUACUAUGAGCAGGCAAAAGGAAUUGUUUAAGCCAAAGGUUGCAGCCAAAGUGGGCAUGUAUGUGUGUGGCGUCACAGCUUAUGAUCUCAGCCAUAUUGGGCACGCUCGCGUUUACGUUUCUUUCGAUGUCAUGUACAGAUACCUCAAGUAUUUGGGAUAUGAAGUCAACUACGUUCGCAAUUUUACUGAUGUUGAUGACAAGAUUAUUGCCAGAGCAAAUGAGUUGGGGGAGGAUCCCAUAAAUUUAAGCAGACGAUAUUGUGAAGAGUUUCAUUGUGAUAUGGCAUAUCUCCAUUGUCUUCCUCCUUCAAUUGAACCCCGAGUGUCUGAUCACAUUCCAGAAAUCAUUGAGAUGAUUAAGCAGAUACUUGAUAAUGGGUGUGCGUACACUAUCCAAGGGUCAGUGUACUUCUCUGUCGACAAAUUCCCAGACUAUGGACGAUUAUCUGGCCGUAAGUUAGAAGAUAAUAGAGCGGGUGAACGGGUGGCAGUGGACUCAAGGAAGAAAAACCCAGCUGACUUUGCAUUAUGGAAAUCUGCAAAGGAGGGAGAACCAUUUUGGGAUAGUCCGUGGGGUCCUGGCAGACCUGGAUGGCAUAUCGAGUGCAGUGCCAUGAGUUCUACUUAUCUAGGUUAUUCUUUUGACAUUCAUGGUGGGGGAAUGGAUCUAAUUUUUCCCCAUCAUGAAAAUGAGAUAGCGCAAAGCUGUGCUGCAUGCCACAUGAGCAAUGUAACCUAUUGGAUACAUAACGGAUUUGUAACUAUUGACUCGGAGAAGAUGUCAAAGUCUCUUGGAAACUUUUUCACAAUUCGGCAGGUCUUAGAGCUUUAUCAUCCACUGGCUUUGAGACUUUUCCUAUUGGGGACUCAUUAUCGUUCGCCAAUAAAUUAUUCAGAGAUACAGCUUGAAAGUGCAUCAGACCGUAUUUUUUACAUCUAUCAGACGUUACAUGAUUGUGAGAAUAUCCUGUCCCAGCACGAUGAGGCAAGCCGGAAGGAUUCCAUUCCGUCAGGAACUGCACUUUGUAUUGACAAAUUUAAUGAUGAGUUUUUAACUUCAAUGUCUGAUGAUUUUCAUACUCCUGUAACUUUGGCUGCAAUGUCAGAGCCAUUGAAGACCAUCAAUGACCUUCUACAUACUCGUAAGUUAUGUUGUAGCAUUCUACUUUCCAAUUGUAAGUUGAGGUACACCCGUGUCCUUUUACGACCUGAGUGGUUUUCUCAGGGAAAGAAGCAAGAAUUGCGAAUAGUGUCACUUGCUGCUUUGGAAAAUACCAUAAGGAAUGUUCUGACUCUUCUGGGACUCUUUCCAGGUAGUUACACAGAGGCUUUGCAAGAGCUGCGGGAUUAUGCACUGAAGCGUGCAAGGUUGACGGAAGAUCAAGUGCUACAGAAGAUUGAAGAAAGGAAUAAAGCUAGAAAAAAUAAGCAAUAUGAAGAAUCUGAUGCAAUUCGAAAAUAUUUGUCAGAUGUAGGCAUUGCACUCAUGGACAGCCCAGAAGGCACUACUUGGAGACCAGCUAUUCCUCUAGCUUUGCAAGAACAGCUGGUCGCAGCAAGUUGAAUCUUCUUGGAACAUUCCUUUUUUCAUAAUGUUGCAAAGAUAUAAGAAAUCCACGGUUAGUUCUUCAAGUUUGUAGAAUGGGAUCUGGGAUUACAACAUGCGCUUUUUUUGUCGGUGAUGUAUUUUACUUUAUAAACAGUCAUGCCGGUUGAAAUUGUAUUAACUUAUUCUUGAACCCUUUUACCAUUUUUAUUUAAAGGUAAAUUAAAUUUUGUUC